CUCUCUCUCUCUCCCUCUCUCUCUCUCUCUCUCUCAUUCCCGUUCACUCCUAAUAGGAUAAUUGAUAGAUAGCCUAAAUAGUCAAUAACAGUGGACUCGUCGGAGGUUGUCGGAAGCUCCGAGGAGAAACUUUUCCGCUCCGAUCAGCAAGUUGCAGCAGCACUUGGAGCGCCGGAGAUGCUCUGAGAAGAACCGGGAGUUGAUAAGCAAAAAUACUUUUCUACCGCCGGCAAGCUCGCGUUUCUACAGAUAUGGAUCAGAGGGCAGUGUGUACCGGAUGCCACCGGCUGAUCAGAGACAGAUUCCUGCUCAGAGUCACUGACGGCCUCUGGCACGAGGAGUGUGUGCGGUGCGCGGCGUGCGGGGACGCGCUCCAGAACUCCUGCUUUCUGCGGGACCGCAAACUUUACUGCAAGCGGGACUAUGCUGAUCUGUUUGCAGUGCGUUGUGGGCGCUGUGCGGAGGCCAUCUCUCCCACUGAGCUGGUGAUGCGCGCGGGAGCUGCUGUGUUCCACCUGCGCUGCUUCACCUGCAGCGUUUGUUCCUGCCGCCUGCAGACUGGAGACCACUGUGUCCUCAGGGAGGGACAGUUACUGUGUGCCAGAGAGGACUACCACCAGUGUGUGGGCAGCCCGACCUCCUCUGACACAGGUAAAAGUGAUGAUGAUGAAGAAGAGGAGGAGGAGGAGGAGGAAUCUGGGAGGGUUACAGGCAGACGAGUUCGAUCAGAAGACCUGGACAGUAAACGCCCCAAAAGGCCGCGAACUAUUCUGACCACUCAACAAAGACGGACGUUUAAAGCCUCGUUUGAGGUCUCAUCUAAGCCUUGCCGGAAGGUAAGGGAGACCUUGGCAGCAGAGACUGGUCUGAGUGUCCGGGUUGUCCAGGUCUGGUUCCAGAACCAAAGAGCCAAAAUGAAGAAACUGGCCAGGAGACAUCAGCAGCAGCAGGAGCAACAGCAGCAGACUCAGGAACAGACUGAGCACCCAUCACAUCACACAGCGCCCUCCUGUGGCAGUUUGACCUCUGAGAUAGAGCGCCUGGGGUCCUCCUACACCCGCACGCAGCAGCAGCAGAUGGGACUCACCACGCUGGAGCAGCAGGACUAUGACAUGGACCCCUUCAGACAGGGCCUGACCCCACCUCAGAUGCCAGGGGAUCACAUGCACCCCUAUGGUUUCAAGGCUCUGUACGGAGACAUGGACAGAGACCCUCUCUGUCAUGUGGUUGAUGGCGACUGCCUCUCCCUGGGUGACUCCUCCCUGCUCACCCCUAUUGACCGACUCUACUCAAUGCAGGACUCUUACUUCACCUCCUGAAGCUGGAGGUUGGACUCACUGAGAAGCUGUGCAUCUCCCUCACUCUGCAUCGCUCUCAUCAUUUAUCUCACUGUACUGUGCACAAGGUGGUCGAAGAAGUGGUUGUAAAAUCACCACCAGUGUGACACAGGUACACUGUGAUACCAUGCAAUAUACCAUGUGCACCUCUGUACAAACACAAUUACACUACACUGCCUCUUAUGCUUUACAAUCCCAUCUAGGCUCCAGUGUAUGCACGAUAGUGUGGGACCUCUAUGUUUGAAUGUUAGAUUAUGAGGUUAUUUCUGCAUCUACAAAUGUAAAUGACUGUUUGCGUGUGUAUUUGUAUUUAUUCUCACAAUGUGUGUAUGCUGUUCAUCUUGAAUGCAUCAACAACGAUCAAUAAAUAAUGGUUACGAUACAGU